UAGCAAUCGUGAGAUUCCGAACCAAUAAAACGACGACUCUUUUGUUCUUCCUUUGACUUUUGCCGCUGCUUUUGGCUAUUACCAGAGACUCUCUCUCUCUCUCUCUCUCUCACCAAAUCCGACGAACUAAUCGGAAAACGCUUCUUCAUUGACGAUGACUCGCGGCAGUCAGAGGGAACGUGAUCGGGAAAGGGCUCAGGCUCGGACCAAGGGUGGCAAGAACAAGGAAGAUGGUUUGACUCCCGAGCAACGCCGAGAAAGGGAUGCGAAAGCCCUUCAAGAAAAGACUGCGAAAAAGGCAGCUCAAGCUUCAGGUGGGAGCUCAUCUGGAGGUACUGAAAAGAGUAAGAAAUAAUAAUAAUUGAAGAAGAAGAACAAGAAGAAGAAGCAGUAGUAGUUCUGAUUUGUACUAUGUUUGAUUUUUUAAUUUUGAAUUGAUCUGUGGUUGUUGAGAUCCUGUGGUUUAUGAUCUAAGAUCUUUGAUUUGUUGAUGUUGGGAUACUUGAUAACUUUUUUUUUUGUUAACUCUAAUAAGUCCUUGUGGAUUUUUAUUCUUAUUGGUAUCUAGUUUCAAAUAAACCAUUUGGUGUAGUAAUAUAUCUAAUGUUUCUGUUUAAUCUUA